AUGCGCAGGUAUCGGCUGCCGUACUGGGCAUUCGUGCCGACGUUAGGCGUUUGGCCCGGAGUCGCCGGAACCGGAAGUGGAACUGGAUCAGCAGUCGCCGCCGCCGCCACAAUCCCACCUCCGCCCAGAGGAUCCGUCGCCGUGAACUUGGACAGCGGCCGAGUGACAGUGGUUGAUGACGUGGCAGGCCGACCGGAAGUCGGGGACGCGGCCGCCGACCCAAACCGGAAGUGGCGGCCGGCGCAGGUAAAGCCGCUGCACUCGAACACGCCGAGCGUCGGAGGACCGAGUUGGCUGAGGAAGACGGCAGUGGCGGCGGCGGCGUCGGAUCCGGUCGUACAGGCGUCGCAGGUGAAAAACUCCACGGCCGUCGCCACUGAGAGACCGGUCACCAAGAUAUACCUGAAACCGUCGGCCAGGGCGAAGGCCGGUGCCGGCGGCGUGGCCCUCUCGAACCCGAUCAGCACGGCCGUGGUCCGCAGGGGUGACACAGUCAGCAUUGAAUACCUUCCGGACGCCACUGCGGAAGCGGGCGAAGGCGGCGUGGCCAUCUCCCGACCGGAACUGGUCAUUCAUUUUAUCGACUGAAACAAAACGCUAGAUAUCGACGACGACGCCGCCAUAAAACCAUUAGGUCUAUAAACUGUGCCAUACACACUCGUUAUGAUAUAAUAAUAUAUGUUAUAAUAUAUUUAUAUAUACGUACUUACUAUUGUCUACUUAUACAAAGUAUAAAAUCUAUAAUGAUUUUUUUAUGAUAUUAUUUUUAUUUUGUAUUCAAUAGUAACAUGAGUGGUAGGUACUUUAUAAUAUUUUCGUUUUCUACAAAUUGUAAAUACUCAUGUUAUAAUAAUAUUAUUGUGUGUUACUCAUGUUUGUAUACGAAUCGAUGUACUUAUAUGAAUUUUUAUUUGUGGCAUUUAAAUGCUCAUCAUAUAAUAUAAUGUGAAAUGCCAUAACUUCAUCCUAUAUAAAACGUCUUUACUUCAUCUAAUUUGUUUUUUUAUAUCGUAUUGAUUUACCUAUGACGUAUCAAACGGAGAAAUUAAACGUGACAAACUUGACGGGUUUAUGAAUAACAAGUUACCUACAAUAUUAAUCACAAUAGGACUUAACGUACGUACUAUAAUUUAUUACAGUUACCCAUUACCUAUUUACUGUUUAUAUAUUAUAUUUUUAUAUUGAAAUAUACACUGUGCAUAUAGUUAAUUUGUGUACUCACAUAAUACAUAUUUUAUUUUAACCAUC